UUGGUGCAGAGCUGGUGCAGGGGUGUCGAGAGGGCUGUUAUCCCUGUCUCGUUGUUUUCAGAGAGCGCGUGAAGUAAAUCAUGACUUCUAAUAAUUGUUGAGACAUGUGUUCAGUGUGAGAUGAGGAUGCGUAUAUCGGACAAAUAUGGAAUGUGUAAUUAAAAAGUCAGAGGGGGGGCGAUGAACAGCGGCAGCGCCUCAUACCGUCCACCGCCUCCACCUGCCGUACCUUCGCCACAGCCUGAGUGACCUGCGCCGCCAAGGCUCCUGACAUGUCACUGGCGGAGGCUGCAGCGGCCUUGGACAGACUCAUCGCGGGGCAAACUCGGGACACCACCUCCCACCAUUGGUCCACCGGUACCACCACUACCACUGGUCCUCGCUGGGGCAUUCCCGCGCUGCCCAACACCAAGACAGCCUUCCUCCAGCACACGCUGUCUUCAGAGGGACCUAUACCCGCGCAGAGUACUAAGGUCGCCCUCCACAGUAUCCACAAAAAUGACACCACCUGCCACGCCCCGCCCCGGCUUCCCCUCCUGAACGAGGCCUCAAACUCUGAACUGCUGCUCAGCCCUCCAUCACCCACACCCACACUGGUAUCCCCACCCACGCCUUCACCCGCGCCCACGACCGCCAGACCAGAUCAAGCAGACCAUCCUGCACCAAAUUCCCUCACUGCACUUCCUUCCUCCUCCGUCCCUAUCUCUACUUCCCCAUCCAUUCCUAUCCCCACCUCUCCCUCCCUCCCGGCCUCCCAUUCCCUCCCCGUCACCUCGCAUUCUUUCCCUACUUCACACCCGAUUCCUAUUCCAGCUUCCAGUUCCGUUCCUGCUGCCUCCUCGUCCCCUUCCUCCUCCCCUAUCUUCCUAUUUACCCUCCCCAACCCAUGCCAUGUAGAAGGACGCUCCGCAGAAGGAAAGGAGGCGGCGGGCGUGUCUGAGCUGUGGCCGUCGGGUGUGCGGAGUGAGCGGAGGGGGGGGCGGUCGUUGGCUUCCUUAUUUAGUCGACCAGAUCCCACCAAGUUCAAGACUGAGCUGUGUCGUUCCUACCAAGUGCAUGGGUUCUGUCGCUACGGUGUGAGGUGUAACUACGCCCACGGCCUGCACCAGCUGCGGGGAGCCAUUCACCACGGCAAGUACAAGACGCGCAACUGCAAAUCUUAUCACGAGAAGGGCUGCUGCCGCUACGGGGCCCGCUGCUCCUUCAUCCACGACCCGGAGGAGGGCGUGCUGAAGUGCUCCAUCGCUAACAAGGAGGUCCUGGAGGCGCUGCACUACUGUCCAGACAGCGAGGAGAGCUUCCGUACCGCCAAGAUCACCUGGAGGCUCCUUGACAGCUCCUCCAGCCCGACACCCGAGCUGCACUUCAUCUCUUCCAACACCCAGGACAAACGGGCCGCCCGCCGGGACGCCGCAGCGCUCACCUCGGGAACUGGGCUGGAGCAUGGCUUCAGGGAACGCCACAGAGGGCAGGAAUGUACACCUUUGCCCGUACCCUCGGCCGGCUACGCCUCAUCAGGAGUGUGUGGACAGCUGGAAGGCGCAUAUAAGCAUCAGAUCAUCCCGAUCUCAGCCUCGGGAGUGCGAGAAAACAAGAACGUCGCUUGCAGAGUGACUCCUCUGUCUUCCCGAACGUGGAGGAAAGUUUGUAGUGAGCAUGAGAUGUGCCACCCUGAGUGCCGCUCACAGGGGCAGGCCAGGGGGCGCCUCGCCAGGCUGCAGCAUCCCGCAUCAGCCUGUCGCGUCCCUUUCUUACCCCGCGGCAGAGGGGGCUGGUAUAAGGCCGAGGAGCUGAUGGACAUGGACGUGGUGCAAAGCAUCCUGCAGAAGGGGCCGCGCUACUCCGCCACGUGUUGGAGCGCCGCGGAGACAAACGCCACACGCGGCGCCAUGAGUCUCCCUAGCGGGUACGAGUUGUUGGACUCGAGUUUCAACCAAAUCAGAAACGUGAAAUUCGAAGCAAACUACGUCAGCAAGAGAGCAGCGCCCCGCGGCAGGGAGCACGCGUACCUGUGUGGCUCUGAGCAGGAGGGGGCGUGGGGCGAGGAGUGCGAGGCGCCGUUCCUGUGUAGCACCCUGCGGAGUGACUCCGACUCUGAGGACACCAACUUGGCGGCCAGCGAUGAGUCGCCGCCUCACGUCGGUGUGCACGCACGGGAUCUGGCCAGUGCAGUGCAGGGACAUCCCCUUGGACUGAAGGAGUGGACGGGGCUGGAAGCGGAAAGGCAGGUGUGGGCGUGCACCAGCCUGCCGGCACGGAGGCAUUGCUUUGACCUCACGAAGUACAAGACGGAGAUGUGUCGGUCGUUCCAGUACAACAGCCACUGUGGCUACGGCGAGGCCUGCCUGUACGCCCACGGCAUGCUGGACCUGCGGUCGUGCCCGCGCCACCCCAUGUACCGCACCAAGCAGUGCUUCAGCUUCCAUCACAAAGGUUACUGUCUGUACGGCGGCCGCUGCCAGUUUAUGCAUGACCUGGGCUAGUGCGCGGCGUGCUGCUGACGUUAUCAGGCUGCCCGCGGCCCGGCAAGCGAGGCGAGGGCGCAGCGCUCCCCUUCCCCUCCUGCAUCCCCCAGUGAUGGGGCGGGCGGGGCCUGCAGCCUGGGUGCUGAGUUCCUGUGAUUGGGUCACAAGUUUUAUUUCGGGUCAUAACUAAUGUUUUAUUAAACAGGAAGCGAAUUUCCUUUGUAACUAAAUUAAGCAUUCACUUAGUUCGUUGAUAUGCAGCCUUUGUAUUUUUUUUUUUUCCGCAUUAGCAUUGGUAAGUUUAGAUAUGUUGUUAUUUAUAUGAUAUUUUAUGGCAAGUCUUUAUGUAUUUAAUGGCGCCGCACGGCCCGGUGCUGCGGCCUGACUGGUUCAUAUCUGUGGAUUUGUUUUGAAGGUGUACAGGUGCGUUUAUUUGUGUUUAUUUAAUUAUCCUGUUGAGCAGGUGGCGGGUUGGUGUGAGCGCAGCGCUGGUGCAGCGGCGCCCGCCCGCACCGCCCUGAUGCCUCGGGGCAAUGGGUCUUGAAGCGUGUUUGUUUUGCAUAUAUUUAUAUGUUCCAAAAGAUGAGUUUAAUUUAUACUGCAUUAAUAAAAAGAAUAAAUGAAAAA